UCUCAUUCUCUCUAUAUAUAGAUAUAUUAUCAUCCCCUUCUCCACACAAACACCACCAAAACUUCCAUCUCUCUCUCUCACACACACACACUCACAUGGCUGGGAAUUGUCCAAUUCCAACACAUGUCAUUGUUUUCUUCAUUAUAAGCCGUCUGAUGUUCAUCAUAGGCAAGUUAAGCCCAGGGAUUUCACUCCCUCCUGAGCUUUUAUCCCUUGAUAUCGCGACUAUGCUUCGUGUGGAUUGUGAAGCCACUAGAAUUGCUUCUAGUGACUUUGGCCACCUUGUUCACCUAAAUCCAUCUGCAGUUUUUCAUCCUUCAUCCAUUAAUGAUAUCAUGAAGCUUAUAAAAACGUCUUACAAUAGUUCAGUUCCAUUUACUAUCGCGGCCAGAGGCCGUGGACACUCCCUUGGGGGACAAGCAAUGGCCCUUAAUGGGGUUGUGGUGGACAUGACCUCUUUGAAUGGUUUUAGUAAUGGAACCGGAAUUAGGGUUUCUCGGGACCCUUCAUUAGGGUUUUAUGCAGAUGUUGGAGGUCACCAACUGUGGAUUGAUGUGUUGCUCGACUCGCUUGAGCAUGGACUUGCACCAGUUUCGUGGACCGACUAUUUGUACUUAAGUGUUGGUGGAACCCUCUCUAAUGCUGGAAUUAGCGGUCAAACGUUCCGACAUGGUCCUCAGAUCAGCAAUGUUUAUGAAAUGGAUGUUAUAACUGGAAAAGGGGAGUUGAUGACUUGCUCCAAACACACGAACUCCGAGCUGUUUUAUGCAGUUCUAGGAGGUCUAGGUCAAUUUGGGAUCAUAACCAGAGCAAGAAUUGCCCUAGAGAAGGCGCCAAACAGGGUGAGGUGGGUCAGAAUGCUGUACCAUGAUUUCUCUGUCUUCACUAGAGACCAAGAACACCUGAUUUCUGUCAAUGGACUCGAUUAUGUCGAAGGUUCUCUAAUUUUGCAGCAAAGCCCUCCAAAUAACUGGAGGUCCUCAUUUUUCUCAUCAUCCGAUCAAUCCAAAAUCGCUUCUCUAUUGGCCAAACACGGCAUAGUCUACACCUUAGAAGUAGUCAAGUAUUAUGAUGAUCUCACUGCCGAUACUCUAGAUGGGGAACUCCAAGUGUUGCUCAAAGGGUUGAACUUCCUUCCUGGUUUCAUCUUCAAGAAAGAUGUCACGUUGGUAGAGUUUCUCAAUAGAGUUCGAAGUGGAGAGCUAAAGCUUCAAGCAAAAGGACUGUGGGAUGUUCCUCAUCCAUGGCUAAAUCUCUUCGUACCAAAAUCUCGUAUUAUGGAAUUCAAUGAAGGUGUUUUCAUCAAUAUGAUCAGUAAACAAAGUAAUAAGACCACAGGACCAGUCCUUGUGUACCCGAUGCAUCGAAACAAGUGGGAUGAUAGGAUGUCUGCUGUUAUACCAGAGGAAGAUAUUAUUUACUGCAUUGGAUUACUGUAUUCAUCAAGUGAUGAUAGUAAUGAUUGGGAAGUUUUGGAGAAUCAAAACAAAGAAAUAUUGGAGUUUUGUGAUAAGGGUGACAUCAAGGCUAAGCAAUAUCUUACUCAUUACAGAACCAAAGAGGAGUGGAUGAAUCAUUUUGGCUCGAAAAAAUGGGACAUUUUUCAGAAAAGGAAAGCUCAGUUUGAUCCAAAAAUGAUACUGUCUCCAGGACAACGAAUUUUUAAUUAGUCUUGUUUAAGGGCGAGUUAGAUAUGUUUGGUCUGGGAUUUAAGUGGCUUGAUUAGGUUUAAAAGUACUAUUAGUUUAGCAUAUAUGUACUUAAAAGUUAUGUGUAGUUUGUUGACUUUGGGUGAUUUCUGUAUGUGAAAUGGAGACCAAAAGUUACAAGCUUUAUGGGUUUUCUUAUGUAAGUUCUUUGCUAGCUGUCGCUUAAUUAGUUACUUGUAAUUAGUACUAUUUGUAGCCACAAAAAUAAUAAAUACAUACAUACAUAUAUAUGUAUAUAUGUA